ACUCCGAUCAAUAUUGUUGUCGCUGCAGGGCACUGAUACGCUCAUAAAUCAGUUUUUCCGUCCUAACAAAAGACGCAACGACCUUAUAAAUCCAGGUACAGGUGCAUAUAUAUAUGGCACCUUAGUCUCAUCACAUACACCGAACCAUCUCAUUUGUAAUUUUUCUUGGUUUUUUAUUUCUCCGGAAGUGGUGGCCGGCAAUGUCACGCCAGAGGUACUUACCGUGGUUGAUCUUCUUCUCGGUGCAUUUCUUGCCGCACGGCGGAGUAGCGGCCGGGAAGGUGCCGGCGAUCAUCGUGUUCGGCGACUCGUCGGUGGACACGGGCAACAACAACUUCAUCCCGACCAUCGCGCGGAGCAACUUCUGGCCCUACGGUUGCGACUACACCGACGGCCUCCCCACCGGCCGCUUCUCCAACGGCCGCCUCGCCACUGACUUCAUCUCCGAGGCAUUCGGCCUGCCGCCCACCAUCCCAGCCUACCUCAACAGCAACUACACCAUCGACCAGCUCGCCUCCGGCGUCUCCUUCGCCUCCGCCGCCACCGGCCUCGACAACGCCACCGCCGGCGUCCUAUCGGUGAUCACGCUGAGCGAGCAGCUGGCGUACUUCAAGGAGUACACGGACCGUCUCAAGAUCGCCAAGGGCGAGGCCGCGGCGAAGCAGAUCAUCGGCGAGGCGCUCUACAUCUGGAGCAUCGGCACCAACGACUUCAUCGAGAACUACUACAACCUGCGGCAGCGGCGGCUGCAGUACACGGUGGGCGAGUACGAGGCCUACCUGCUGGGGCUCGCCGAGUCCGCCAUCCGCCGCGUGCACGCGCUCGGCGGCCGCAAGAUGGACUUCACGGGGCUCACGCCCAUGGGCUGCCUCCCCGCCGAGCGGCUCGGAAACCGCUUCGACCCCGGGGAGUGCAACGAGGAGUACAACGCUGUCGCCAGGACAUUCAACGGCAACCUGCAGAAGCUCGUCGCCAAGCUCAACAAGGACCUCCCCGGACUGCAGCUCGUCUUCGCCGACACAUACAAGCUCCUCGCAGACGUCGUCGACAAGCCGGCCAACUACGGAUUUGACAACGCAGUGCAAGGUUGCUGUGGGACCGGGCUUUUCGAGGCAGGUUACUUCUGCAGCCUGAGCACCUCACUGUUAUGUAGAAACGCCAACAAGUACGUCUUCUUCGACGCGAUCCAUCCCACGGAGAAGAUGUACAAACUGCUUGCCGAUACCGUCAUCAACACCACGCUGCAUGUAUUCAUGUGAAUUUUACUAUCAGUUCUGGCAAAUUGGUAAUGGAGCAGAUCAACAUGGACGGGUUAUAUAUGGCUCUAGUACCGUGUACUACAAUGUAGAGUAUAUUGUGAACAGGCAUCACGUUGCAUACAGUCUCUUCUCUUGAGAGCAAAGAGCAUCUAUGGUUGGUUAUUGUAGAGGCUACAUACGGGCUGUAAAUCUUGUCGUGUCAUUUUUGUAUGAUCUUGAAUAUAUAAAAGUCUUACUUAUAUUGUAGAGGGAAUAUAUAAAUCUUCCCUCGAUGCAUCA